CGCCAGAGAGCUAAAAUCGUAGCUUAAGUAACUGAUUCUGACGUGCAUACAAAAUUUUCCAUGACACCAGGAAGUGACAGCGAAUAGUGACCGUGCCACUUAUGUAAUGUUAGCUUGUGCCAUUUGAGUCUUCAUUGCAAAGUGCUUAAAAUGAACAAGAUGUCCCCUGAGGUUGCAUUGCACCGGAUCUCACCUGAGCUGCGGCCCUUGCUGAGCAGCGUUGUGCGGAAUGGACGUGUAGGACUCGACUCCACAAACUGUCUCCGUGUCACAGACCUCAAAACUGGAUGUACAUCUCUGACCCCUGGUCCCUGCUGUGAUCGCUUCAAACUUCACAUCCCCUAUGCUGGAGAAACCCUGAAAUGGGACAUCAUAUUCAAUGCACGGUAUCCAGAAUUGCCACCAGAUUUUAUUUUUGGAGAAGAUGCUGAGUUUCUUCCCGAACCCUCAGAACUACCACACUUGGUCCAGUGGGAUGCUGGGAACCCAGAAUGUUUGCUCCAGCUGGUGAAGGAGCUUAUCCAGCAGUACCACCACUACCAGUGCCAGCGUCUGCGAGAAAGCUCCAGGCUGCUCUUUGAGUAUGAUAGCCUGCUGGAAGAUCCCAACUAUGGCCGUAACAUGGAGAUUUAUGCCGGACGCAAGAACAGCUGGACAGGAGAGUUUUCAGCUCGUUUCCUUCUCAAACUCCCUGUGGACUUCAGCAACAUCCCUGUCUAUCUCCUUAAGGACACAGCGCUGGACCCUGGAGAGGACGUGGCCCUUCUCUCAGUGAGCUUUGAGGAUGCUGAAGCUACCCAGGUCUUCCCUAAACUCUACCUUUCCCCCAGCAUUGAACAUGCUCUGGGAGGCUCCUCAGCACUUCAUAUCCCAGCAUUCCCCAGUGGAGGAUGCCUAAUUGACUAUGUCCCUCAAGUGUGCCAGUUACUCACCAACAAGGUGCAGUACGUUAUCCAAGGCUAUCACAAGAGGAGAGAGUACAUCGCUGCCUUCCUCAGCCACUUUGGAACGGGCAUGGUGGAGUAUGAUGCAGAGGGGUUCACAAAACUCACUCUCCUGCUCAUGUGGAAGGACUUUUGCUUCCUAGUACAUGUGGAUCUUCCGCUGUACUUUCCCAGAGACCAGCCCACCCUCACCUUCCAGUCUGUGUACCACUUCACCAACAGCGGUCAGCUCUACUCCCAGGUGCAGAAGUCGUAUCCCUACAGCCCUCGCUGGGACGGCAAUGAGAUGGCAAAGAGGGCCAAGGCGUACUUCAAGAGCUUUAUCCCUCAGUUCCAAGAGGGAGCCUUCGCCAACGGGAAACUCUAGUACCCUCUAGCUUAAUGACAUGCCUGGAGAGCUGCCCGUGGGAGUGUGUCUGUGAAUGUGUGUGUUUGUGCAUGCCACCUGUAUAUGAGUGUGCGCAGGCUUACGUUUCUGAAAUGUACUGUACUGAAACUGCACAGUGAGAAUGACGACUCUGUAAAUUCCACAGUUUGACCUUGAGAUGGUUGCCUCUUAGUACAUUCACUUUUUAUCUUAGUUUUAGUGAGAAGCCACUUUGGUGUGGACGUUUAGAAGAAGUGAUCCAGGCACUGCAGUGUGCCACAGUUAAAACCUCAUAGAACAAAACUCUCACAAAAUCGCUGAAAUCUGCACAAACUUCAGAAGACAGAAAUGAAGUUCCUCCACCUCUAAAGGAUAAUGUGAAAGUAGACACAUGAACAUUGUGCUCAUGUGACACAAUUCUGAUGAUGAUGGUACUUUCUGUCUUGUUGCCAGCUCACAGUAAAGGGCCCCCCUGAAUCACACACUUGUUUUAAAUGCGUUGUGCCAAUGAUGCCUGGCUUCAAGCAGUCAAACCACAGAGGACUGGGCUCACAGCACCUCCGUCCAGAGCUGCCGUGCUACGAACAGAUAUAUGUAAACAAUAUGUAAACCAUUAACUACAUGUAAAUCACGAAGAGCUGUAGGGACAAUGCAAAACACCUUUGUUUACUGUUCAUUUAUUUUUGUCAGUCACGAUUGUCAAGUUUGGCCCCGCCGUUGAUGUUAAACUGAUCUACAACUUUUUGCCUUUUAACCGUAUGCUCCAUCUGACCGUUUAAAACCCUGUGAAGUCUUUUCCUGACAUGUUGACAGUACUGUAAGAUAGAAUAUGUUUUGUCAAAACUUCUACCCAGUAAAGAAGACUGUUCCCCUGAA